AUGCCAGGAAAAGCGAAGGAAAUUGUGAAAACAGAGGAGGAUGCGGCCCAGUCGACCUCUAGUCCAACAUCAAGUCCGUGGACUGGAAGAACUCGCGGAAAAAAACUCCCGGAGAGUGUGCUGAAUGAAUUGACGGCUCCUGAAGAGGAAAUGGAAGAAGAAGAAUUUGUUGUCAAUGAGGAUGAGAUAGUCGAGAUGCCAGAGCUGGCUGAAACGUAAGUUUUUGUGGUUUUCAUUGGAUGUUUAGGUAUGAAACUGGCUUGAAGAUGAUGUUUUUGAACUAUAAUUGUCUUUUAAAUACUGUAGCGGGCUUCAGAAAACUGUAACGUUGAAAGUGAUAUUAUAGUAUAUUAUGCUAAAUAGUUUAUUUCAGAGGUAUUUACACUCCGAUCAAGGUCUGCCAAGGCCCCAAACAUCCCACAUUGUUGUACCUGUCUAAAGUGAAGCCAGAUUACAUUUACCGUUUUAUAUUUAAGUGUUAUCAAGGCGAGAUGAAGAUCUACAAGUGUAUGGAAUGUGAACUUAUGAAGCGACGUCAUUUUCCAAAUGCUAACAGAGAGCUGCAGGAGCGUUUGGUGGUACCUUGGCUGUUCUACAAGGAGGGGUAUUUUGAUGUCGACCCGGAUGUGGUACAGCAUUGUUGCACAAUGUUUGAAGAGACCGAUUUGAUCAAGUACAGGAAGCUAAAGUAAGGUCUUUUUUGAUUGUUUUGCGUUUUUAGGUGUAGAAGUUGAUCUAAAUUGAUAUUGAAAAGUUAGAGAGUAAUAUGAAGCUAAAAAGUAUUAUUCAAAGUCGUAUUUUAGCAUGUUACGAGACAAAGUUCAGUUUCAAUCAGAGCCAGUUGACGAUGAUGAAGAUGUUGAUGUUUCCACGGACUUCAACCAGACUUCUGCCACUCAAGACUUGACAUUGUUUAAUGCUACAGUAGAUGCCAAUUGUUCAUUGGAAACUCUUUUCAAUCUUGCUGGGAAUUCUUCAAAAUCGACCGCAUUUCCAAAGAAAACGACGGAUGUUAAUGUUGAGGAAGGUAAAGGCCAAAAAACCAACGAUAAAUCUGCUGAGAGUCAAAGUAAACCUGUUUCUGAAGGUAAAGAAAAGACUUCCGAAUCAGCUAAAAGCCAAGAAGGGCAAAAGAAAUCGACCGGCAAUCAAGAAUCGACCGAAACAUUGGAGUCCGCCUUCGCAAAGAAAGAGACUUAUGAUAAUCCGAGGAGAUUACGCUACAGAUCUGAACGUUUUGCCAAUGUUGUGUAUGAGUUUAUUCGUCGAAGUAAAGGAGACAAGUACGGGGCGACCUAUCGAUGUAUGAGCUGUAACAAUCAACGUAUGGCUAUGUCACAAUCGGAGCAUCUGGCCGUGCUACCUCAAGUGCCUAUAAUAAGAUGGAGAAAUGGGUUUUUUCUCUCUGAUCCGGAUGAAUUGGACCACUUUUGUCAAAGUCAGUUGAACAGUGAUGAUAUUGAUGUGGAGAUGCUGGAUUCACAUGAUUAUGAGGGAUUACGGUGAGGAUUUUAAAAAUUUUUUGAGACGAUAUUGUAUUAGGUGGAAGAUCUGUUUUUAUGUAACUACAACUUGUUCAAACGCUUGAUCUAUGAUUCUUUUUAGCCCAGUCAAACCUCACAUAAUGUCAAUCUUCUUCCCAGCCAUAAUUAAAUCCCAGCCAGCCCGAAAAGCCACCAUCUACAUGUACGAAAGCCGGAAAGUCGAAGACGCAGUAUAUGAAUUCGUAUAUCUACAUGAAAACAAAUGCCAUCAGGUCUUUCAAUGUGUCGGAUGUAAAGAUACUAAGCUCUAUCAUAUGAACCUAGGCGAACCGGGUCCAUUCCCAUCAGUUCCGACAAUUAAUGUCAUUAGAAAGAACUUCUUGAGCGAUCCAGAUGAGCUGAAGCAUUUCUGUUUGAUCCCAGGUGAAUAUGAGAAGCAGGUGGAGAAGUUGAAGGAAAAAGAGAAGAAGGACAAGGCAAAGGCAUUGAAGAGGAAGAUGGAGGCUGAAGCUUCGACUAGUAAAGAGGAUGAGGAUGGUAAGGGUCAAUGUUAUCUAAAAUCAGAUUUUUUAAAAUUUGUUAUUCUUUGAAAAUUUUACUUAAAAAUAAGAUUUUCAUGAAAUUGUUACCUAAAAAUUAAUUUUUUUAUAAAAUUGUUACUUAAAAAUAAGAUUUUUGUGAAAUUAUUACCUAAAAAUCAAUUUUUUCAUAAAAUUGUUACCUAAAAAUCACUUUUUUUUAUAAAAUUGUUACCGAAAAAUCACCAUUAAAAAAUAAUCACCUAAACCGACCUCUUUAAGGCACACCAAAGUCGGAAAGAUGGCCAGCCGUCGAAGGCAUCUCACUUCACGGCAAACACCCCCUCUACAUGUACAGCUCCACCAAACUGCCCGACACGGUAUGGCAGUUCAGCUUCAAGUCACUGAACCAGAACGAUGUCACUUACAAAUGCACCAGAUGCGAUGGCAUCAAACGAGAACUCCUCAAGGCUGAUAAGGACCUAAAGCUGGUGAUUCCAACGAUUCGGAUCAGGGCUGGACACUUCUUGACCGACCCAGAUGAUUUACAACACUUUUGUGGAAACAAAACCGAGCCAAGGGAGGGGACUUUUGUCAAGCAGGUCGUUUUGUAAGUUUGGCUUCUUUGUUUUUGGCUAUGGCAGGUUGGAAUUGGGGGGGGUGUGGGGAAGGGGUUAAUUUUUUGAAUAAGUGUAGGAAGACGGGGGGGGGGUGUUUUUUUUGAUAGAGGGGGAUUUUUAUUUUUCAAAGCGGGAUGAUUUUUAUUUUUUUUGACGUAGGAAAGGGGGGAGGGUGAUUAUUUUUCUUUUUUUUCCGGGUGAGGAUUGAUUUUCUGAAGGGGAAAGGGGAAGGUGGGGUUUAUUUUGCAGAAAAAAAAUUUUUUUUUGUUUUUUACGGGGGUGGAUUUUUACCGUCCAUCUAAUUCUUCUCUAUUUACUCUUUUCUCUAUAUCUGCUUCCUUAUUUACCCUCUCUCUCCUGCCCUCUUCUACCCACGCCUUUGAGUUGCGGGUCUUAAAAUAGCUCAAUUAGUCUUACUUUAUUAAAAAUUUGAUUUAUUAGGUGUUCACAUAAUUCUGCGCUCCCUUACGCGACAAAUGUGCUUUAUAAGGGGGCGCAGAAUUAAGUGAACAAUGUAAUAAAAUAUUUUUAAAAUUAUAUUUUUUAUAAAAAAUUUAAAUUUUAAGACUUUUUUAAAUUUCAUGCAAAUUUGCAACUUAACAUCAAUUUUGUUUAGAAAAAUAGUGAAAGAGCAACGAGUGUGCCCGAGAACGUUGAACGAAGCCCGUGCCGCCAUCCGCUACGAGCUUCAACAAGCCUCGAUCAAAGAAGAGGACUUUCGUUAUGAUUUGGCAGUCGAUUACUUCUCCGAAGUGCGUCAAAAGUCACUGGCACGACGCCUGCGGCGAAACAUGCAGGAACACGAGGCACCAAUGCUGGGCACCUACCAAGACGAGCCUCACUUCUCAAUGCAUUCCAAGGUUGGGGACUACUUGAUCGAGGUAGGGUAAUGAUCAGUUUUUGAGGGUGAGUGGGUAGGAUAGUAAUCUGUUUUUGAGGGUAGAUGGGUAGGGUAAUAACUUGUUUUUGAGGGUGGAUGGGGUAGGGUAAUGAUAGUAGCACUUGUAACUUACAGUAUACAUACUAUGAUAGCAGCUAUAACUUACAGGAUACUAUAGUAGGAGCUGUGAUUAAAGUAUACCAUAGUAACAGCUAUAAAUUACAGUAUACUAUAGUGACAGCUGUAAAUUACAGUAUUCUAUAGUAGCAGCUAUAAUUUACAGUAUACUAUAUAGCAGCUAUAAGUUACAAUGUACUAUAGUAGCAGCUGUAACUUACAGUAUACUAUAGUAGCAGCUAUAACUUACAGUAUACUUUAAUACCCAAAAAGUUCUUAACAAUAUGUUUACCUUUCAGAACGCCAAUCGCCCCAACGCCCACAUCAUCCGACCACAGCCCUACAGACAGGACCGACUAGCUCCAUACGUACACAAAAAUCCAGGCUACAACAAGCACGGUCGCUACUACGACAUCGAUGAUAACAUGGUGUUGGAGAGGUAUAUCAACGAAGAUGGACAACAAGUUGUGGUAGUCAGAGGAGAUGACGAACGAUUGCUGGACGAGGAGAUCGAUGUGGUUGAGGAGGAGUUCGAGGUAGGGUUUUUUCGGUAAAAUACUUUGCUUAAGGGGGGAGGGGGGGGGGUGUUGUGAAAAAUGCUAAAGGGGGGGGUGUUUUACUAAAAAUCAGCCUAAAGGCUUUUUAGUAAAAUCGAUUCCAUUUCAGGUGCCAUACGACGAACAAUACGUAGAACAAUACAUUGAUGUGAAGCCAGACCUCACAGAAACUACCCAAAAGCCUUCAGGCGCUCCAAGCCCAAAACGGCAAAAAGUCGAUAAUUAA